ACGCACUGCAUACGUGAUCCUGAACGCGAGUGUAUUGUGGCCUUUAUAAUUUUUUUAAAUUGUUUUAUAUAAGUGUAUGAAAAGUUAACAUGUUACGUCAGUGUGUAAUUUUGGCGGUUUUCGGGUGUGCUUUGGCAGGACCGGCGCCGAGGCCCCAACAUCAGUACCAGACUCAACAAGUCGAGGGCAUACCUCCUCAUCUACUUAGACAGUACAUCGGGCAGUCUCAAGCACAGGCUCAAGUCAUAGCCAGGCCCGUCGCUGCCGCUCCAGCUCGCCUUCCCUAUUCUGCUCAGAGUGAGGACUAUCAGCCACAAUAUCAGCAGCAGUAUCAACAGCCCCAACCCCAGCAGUACAGGCCUCAGCCACAGUACCAGCCACAGAGACAGCAAGCUGCCCAGGAGCCACAGGAAGACUAUGACCCUCAUCCAUCAUACCAGUUCGGUUUCGAUGUGAACGACGACCAGUACACAAACUAUCAGAACCGGAAGGAGCAGAGAGACGGUGACGUCAUCAAGGGCUCCUACUCCGUGGUCGACAGCGAUGGCUUCGUCAGAACUGUCACUUACACUGCUGACCCUAAGGAGGGCUUCAAAGCUGAGGUUUCACGACAACCCACCGACAUUGUAGUGAAAAUCCCGACGCCGAAGCCCCAGCUGCUACAACAUCAACACCAGCAGCCCCAAGCCCAAAUCGCCCACGUGCCCAGGCAACAGCCGCAGGCCCACCCACAACAACAGGCCCCACAGUAUUACCGCUACACUGAGCAGUAAAAUGCCCCGCUAUGGGGCAACGUCAAAGAAAAAUCAUAUUUGGAUGACCUAAUUGAAGAUGUCGAAAAAAAUCACUUUAAACUCAUAGCCAGUAUUGAUAAAUCAAAAUUAAAACGUUUCAUUUUUUCUUGAAUCGGCUCAUCCAAUUGUGUUACAUUUUGUCUAUAGAAGUCACAUGUCUAAGAAUAUGGGUCGGACGACGUCACUUCCAGUUGAAUAAAUUCAAAUAAUUUUAUCAGAAAAUAAAUUGCAUUGUGACGUCAUCAGACGCUUGUUAUGGAUCUGGCAAAAUCUUAUUGCUACUAAAAUUACUAUGAAUUAGAAAAAAAGAAGUUACAAAUCAGUUUUGUAAAGAUUUUUAAGUAAUUUGUAAAGAUAACUUCAUCCACGGUUAUGGUUAUUUAAAUCAAAAGUACCUAAAUGGUACCUAAUUAUUGUAAAACAUGGACUGAUUUGUCACCUAGAGGUAAGUCUGUGGUUAAAGUCUUUAUUCCGUUCCUAAAAACAUACAUAAUCAUAAAAUACGGCAUAAUAUGAGUUUACAAAUUCUCUGAAUGCCCGUAUAAGAUUUAAGAUUAUUUCCCAAUGAGGGGGAUAAUUAUAAUGUAGUAAAUAGCGCGUAGACGAUAAGUGAUUACGUAUAAUUAUAUUAUGAUUAUGAAAUGUGAUUGUAAAUAAAUAACUAGAUGAGAAAGUUUUUACGCAAUAAAAAAAUACAAAAUAAAAUCUUUGUUUUUACUUUCGUAUGCUAAUGUAACUUCUUUCUUUAAAUCUUUUCUUUAAUAGCCGGCCUCGCUCCGGCUAUUUUAUUUCGUAGAAACUGACCAAGAUCAAAGAUUUAAACCAAAUUAUAUUGGGAAAAACGGGAAUCUCCCAAAGAUUUUCUUAUGAUUAUUGUAAGGAAAAAAUCUAUAUUUAGCGCGUAAUAAACCAUCUUGUCUAUAUUUC